CCCACCCCACCAGGCUCUGGGUGUGCACUCUCUCACACUCACACUCCCCCCCGGCUGGGCGUGCCCGGACCCCGCGCGUGCAGCAGGCGCCUCCCCGCGCAUGAAAGGCGGCGGCGGGCGGCCCCGCGCUCAGUGCGCCCGGCUGGCUCCGCUCCGCUCCGCUCCGCUCCGAGGAUGCAGCUGAACGGCAGCGCGGCGGGGCAGCAGCAUCCCCCGGAGCCCGCGGGCAACGGGUCCAACGCCUCGGCGCCGUUCGCGCAGGGCCCGGACGAGGAGGACCUGGACGUGAACACCGACAUGUACUCCAAGGUGAUGGUGACCGUCAUCUACCUGCUGCUCUUCCUCGUGGGCACCGUGGGCAACUCCAUCACCGCCUACACGCUGGCGCGCAAGAAGUCGCUGCAGAACCUGCAGAGCACGGUGCACUACCACCUGGCCAGCCUGGCCCUGUCCGACCUGCUCAUCUUCCUGCUCUGCCUGCCCAUCGAGCUGUACAACUUCAUCUGGGUGCACCACCCCUGGGCCUUCGGCGCCGCCGUCUGCAAGGGCUACUACUUCUUGCGGGACGCCUGCACCUACGCCACAGCCCUCAACAUCGCCAGCCUCAGCGUGGAGCGCUACAUGGCCAUCUGCCACCCCUUCAAGGCCAAGAGCAUCAUGUCCCGUAGCCGCACCAAGAAGUUCAUCAGCUGCAUCUGGCUGGCCUCCUUCCUCCUGGCCAUCCCCAUGAUCUUCACCAUGGGCGAGAUCUACGGCCGCGGCCAGGACCCGGACACGCUCAUCUGCACCACCAUCGUGGCUGCCUCCACGCUCAAGACCGUCAUCCAGGUCAACACUUUCAUCUCCUUUGUGUUCCCGAUGGUUGUCAUUUCGGUGCUGAAUACCAUCAUUGCCAACCAGCUCAUCGUCAUGUUCAAGCAGUCAACACAGGAAAACCAGGUCUGCACUAUUGGAGGCCAGCAGACGAUGCUCAGCAUGUCCAUGGAACCCAGCCGGGUGCAGGCCCUAAAGCACGGAGUGCGAGUCCUACGUGCUGUUGUAAUUGCCUUUGUGGUCUGUUGGCUUCCUUAUCAUAUACGGCGCCUCAUGUUUUGCUAUGUUCCUGCAGAUCAUUGGACAGAGUUCCUUUUUAACUUCUACCACUACUUCUACAUGCUAACAAAUGUCCUCUUCUACGUCAGUUCUGCCAUCAACCCCAUCCUCUACAACUUGGUGUCAGCAAACUUCCGCCAGAUCUUCAUCUCCACCCUCACCUUCCUGUGCCUGCCCUGGAGAAAGAAGAAAAAGAGACCCACCUUCACCAGGAAGUCCAAUAGCAUCUCCAGCAACCACACGUUUUCCAGCCAAGUCACUAGGGAAACGACAUAUUGAGACCCAAGUGAAGCCAAAGGAAAGGAGAACGUGUUUCAAAACUUGAGAGAGACCCCUGGGACUUUAAAGCAUGGUCUCCUAAACCACAUAGCACGAAUGUGUUUAGCCGAAUAAUUUUUGUUGGAACAAAUAGGCUUCGCUCUGCCAGUCUCGUUGAGGUUAUUUUAAAGCAUCGGCCUUGGCUCUUGUGAGUAAUGUCUAUACAUUUUGUAACUUCGGUCUGGCAUAGGUUCAGAUACUGUGUUAUCCGGGAAGCCAAAACAUGUCUUCAACCUAUGAAUCCUAAGCUUUGGCAGCUCGUUCUGCAGUUCACUCAUUUCUCAAUGCAAAGAUGCCACGUUAAAGUCUAAGAGCAGGAGAUCGUUUCUCUUGGUGGCACUAGGCUGAACGAGGAGACAGCAAUUUUUUUAUGAAACGGGAUUUUUUUUGAGGGUGAGCGUACUAGUUUUAUUAGGUGCUAAAAGAAAGAGGAAUGGAAAACUUUGAAUUCGCAGGGAAUGUAGCACUCAGGGAGCCAGGCGGUUUUGUACAGAACUACUUUUGAGUUCUGGUUAAUAAGACCAUUCGGGAGAGACUCCUGUACAAGAAUAGAUAAUGCCUUAUGUAGAUUAGGAUGGGCACAGUGCUCAGGCAGGGUUAUCUGGGGCUGGAAGCAUCUUUUUAAAUGUGUGUGUACACAGCCUAGCACAGGGGGACCACAAGCCCUGUUGGGUCCUUAAAGCACUACAGCAACACAAAUCGAAAACAUUGACAUCAGCAAAGUCUCGAAUGCCUAAACUGAGGCAUACCCAAAUGUUGAAACCUAAUGAGGAGGUUGUCAUACUUUUGCCUAAUAGCCAAAUCCCAUUAAUUGAUCUAUAUUAAGAUCUGAGCACGUUCCAGAAUCAGGAUGGUUGACGGCUGCUGAUGGGUGAGCUUCAUGAAUGUCAUGGCCCAUUGAUCUUUGAGUUAUUUCUCACUCUUAUUCCAGUUUUUCUUCUUCUUCAGCUCUUCAAGUAGAUGGCUGAUACCCCAGAGGGCAAGCUCAGUGCUUACGUAACUUGAGACCAUGUAAGAGGCUCGUGCGUUUUCCUACGUUGGUGCCCUAAUAUACUGUUUUUCUUUUUCUUUAAAGAAAAAGAAGAAAUUGCUUGUAUUUCCUCUUUGAUCUGUUGGCCAUCCAGGCUGUAGCCAUAAAAGCACAGAUCACACAACUGAGCAAUUAAAAGAAGCAAGACAAAUUAAUUUCCGGCUCCAAAAACAGGCUACAAAAACAAUGGGCAGAAUUGUAGGGUGCGAAAGAAUCAUUCCCGUUCCAGGGGAGGAGGCAGCACACGUACAAACCGCCCCAUGUAAUAAAGCCUCCGGUUGAAAUAAGAGAGCUUACCACAAAAGUUCAUUCCAGAAGCAAGGAGUAAAUGUGUAUUGACCCCUGGCUUCAUGCACAAAAGAAGCAGAAAUCAUAGGCUGAUACAUAACGGGGCCCGGAUCUGACCCUGUCUGAUAGCUUGGGAUUUGCAAAUCCAAAAGGACUAGGCAGGCUGAGGUUGUUGAGUAAACACCAUCUCUACCAGGCAACCCUAACAUGCAACAAAAGACUCCAGAAAGCUUUAGUUUCAAAACGGAGGCCCCAGGUGAUUAGCUGAAGAAAUGUCUCUACCAUCAAUGAUCUUCUAUUCCGGUGACCUAUAUGCACAUGGGCUUGGGCAAUUUAUGUUGUGGCCCCAUACACAGAUAUAUACGGUACAGCCCAGGCCACUUGGUCAUUCUCACCAUUGCUUCCCUUGCCCUGGACCCAAGUUCAUAAAAAUCCCACCCAAGAAACCAUGUGUCAGGUAUCCAGGGUGUAGCCAUAUUGAUCUAGAGGAAAAAGCAAUUAAAGAAUUUUAUUUUUAUUUUUUUUUGCAAAAAUCUAGUUGGUCUAAUAAAAGAUAUCACUGCUACUGCAAAUCCAAGAAACCGGUCAUUCUAGUCAACUGAAAAUAAGCCUAAGAAAUCAAUUUUUCUCCAGGUUCACUCUUUAGCGAGUGAUGCUCUCUCACGCUAACGAUGGUGAUUUGAAUGGGCUGUAAUAAUAAGGCCACAAAUUGCCAUGUCCUGCUGAAAAAAAUGAUUGAAUCUCAUCAUAGCAGAGGGCAGACUGACUGGUAUUCUAAGUGAAAUUAUUUCUUAAAUUAGUCCACAGUCAUCCUGGAACAGUUACGUUAGUGGUGAGGACAGAAAUCAGGUCUUUUUGUUUCGAAAGCACAGGACCCGCUCCCUGAAAAGAAGGGGAUCUCUUUUGGGGUAGCAGUACAGAGCCGACGGCUUAGGGAGGAGCAGUUCUGCUCACCUGAGUAAGCAUCGCUGGUGUAUACCUGCACACAUGCGUUGUUAAACAAGCCCAUGAAAACAAACAGCCCAAAUGACUGUACACGGGAUGCAGCUUUUUCUGCCAGUUGUUUUGCUCUGUGCCGAGCUGACCGGUAGGAAGCGUACUAGAAAGCACUGGUCACUUCUAUGUUCGGUGACAUUGCAGUCCCUUCCAGCUUUACUUCUCUAUGAAAUGUUUCUCUGAGAUACUUUUGCCCGGUGACCGACUGCACAGAGCCAAAAAGUCUCUUUCCAGGUUUUCAACCUUUUUUCAUUUGUGGACCCCUAAAAAAUUUUGAAUGGAGGUGUGGACCCCUUUGAAUUGUAAGUGUGGGUGUUUGCAUACUUUUGAUCGAUCAUCAUCAUCAUCAUCUUUCACAGACCCUGUAGACAUAGUUUGUGGACUCCCAUAGGAUCCGCAGACUACUGGGUGAAAACCACAGAUCUAAUAGAUUAAGUCCUAGAGAGAGAGAGCUACACGUGAGAGCUAGGUCGUGUAAGGCAUUUGUGGCACGCCCACCACGACAGUGUCAGGUAUUGAAGAGGCCCAGCCAUAACAUCCAACAACACGUAACAGGGUUGGGAGAUUUUAUACCUAAUACAGACCGUCUAGGCAAUAAAGGGCUCUAACCUGAGAGUAGAAAUGGUUGUGCACUUAUUUUCAUUUGGACGCUACCAGGAUUGCAGGCUCUGGUCUGUUGUGCUUUCUCUUAUUUAUUUCUCAGGUGGUCCCUAAAGCAAGACAAAAAUUACUUCUGAACCAGCGCCUUUAUAUUUUAUGUACGGCUGGCUCCUGGUUAAGUAGAAAAACAAGCUUUUAAAUUUCCCUAGAAAAACAACCCAAAUGUUAGAGGGGCCUCACUUUAUAUGAAAGUUUCUUUUGUGAAUGGUUUAUACAUAAUGAAUAGAUGUUGUGAGCAUGCUUUCACACCUCACUAGCAUGCAUUAGAAAUGGUAAUAAGCACAGCAGCAGGAGUUAUCGAUGGUUAUAAGGGAACAUAGCAAACCACCUAUUGCCUUUGUUGGACUCUUAAUAAUAUUUGAUAAUUGGCUGACCAUUUAUUAAUACAUAAUUGACUGUGUCUUUCUCUUUUAUUAACUGCUUAAACCUUCACGUAAAGGUAAGAGGACUGUUUGUGAAAGCUAUGCAAAUAAAGAGGCCACCUAAAAUUUAAAGUAACAAAUGGAGACAGGGUCAGUUCAUGUGUGUGUGUGUGUAUUUGUGUGUGUGUAUAUAUACAUACACACACACUUCUAUCUAUCCAUCUAUACACACACAUACACACACACACACACACACACACACACACACCUAUUUAUCUAUCUAUCUGGAUAAAUAGAUAUGUCCUGUGGGCUACUCAGGCAAUAUUAUUCCUGUUCCAUCUGUCCCCAGAUGAUGAAUCUGCUACAUUUACUUCUAUGGUACUAUUUGAGGCUGAAUAUCCCUGUUAGCUAAAAUACUUGUCCAAUUCAGGGCAAACACAGCUUUUCCUUGAGCAGAAUCUGGAUGGAUAGAUAGAUAGAUAGAUAGAUAGAUAGAUAGAUAGAUAGAUAGAUAGAUAGAUAGAGUGGAUCCUAUUUGAAAGGAAUGCAGGAAUUUUCAUUGGACAGUUACUGCUCAGUUUGCUUGGCAAUGUUGAAUAUCUUCCCUUAAUCCAUUGGAGUUCAUAGGGUCUCUAUAAUCUGCUCUAUAAGUUUGUACCUUAAAACUGCCUAUCCCAUUUUUGCAAGAGAUGCAGUAAAAGAUACUUAUCCAGAUGUUUACCCAGAAAUGAACCUAACAAGCAACAUUUUCAGCCUAACUGAGCCUAUGACAUUUUUCCAGUUGUAAAUAAUUCUCUGACUGCAUGAAUAAUUUCCAUCAUUCAUGCCUGCAAGGCAGGGAGCUCAAUCUCUGAAGGGCCCAACUCUCACCUGGAAAUCACUGUUGAUAAAAUAUUAUUUGCUCCCACAAAACAGAAGCUGACUGUCCCGGGCUAGGAUGAUAACCUUGCUCUCACUUAGUUUUAUCGUGUGCCGGUAGGUUCCUUAAAAGAAAAUUAACGUGUGCAAAAAUAAUCCAGAAAGUUCAGGAAUCGGCACAGAGCAUGCAACUUCCAGUGAUGUUAACAGGCAAAAAAGGCACAGAGAAUAUCAUCAGACAUGUAGCUCGGCCUGAACCCCAAGGAUAGGUAGAAAGGAUGCAGUAGCCAGAUAUAUAUAUAUAUAUAUACAUAUAUAUAUAUAUAUAUAUAUAUAUAUAAAAUCUACUACUUUUAUGGGUUGGGAGUAGUUUCCCACUGACUCAGAGCUCAGCGGAGACAACUUAAACUGAUCCAGUUCAGACAGAUCCCUGUGCAAUCUCAUUAAGAUGCACUCUCCCCGCCAGUCCAAAGCUUGCCGUCUUGCGUGGCAGUGUUAGUGUUAGAACAGGGGAAGAAAGAUCAUACACAGAGCUUUGAGCUUUGCAAAAAGGAAACCCCAAAGCCCCACACUUCCUUUUAACCAUGUCCCUAAAGGAAGCUGACAACUCAAGGAUGGGAUUUCAAAAGCACCUAAGGAAGUCAGAGUUGCCAGGAUCAUUGCCUUUCAGCAGGACUUCUAACUCCCUUAAGUGCAUUUAAAUUUCCCAUCCUGCAUUAAAUCAUGAUGCAGGUGUGCAACUUCUUGAAUAUUCCUGGUAAAUAUUAAUCUGGUGAAAUGAGUUUGAUUACCCACUAUUCAAGCUGCUGGGGAAAUAAAAGCACUGGGUAAGAAUCAUUGUCCCACUUGAUGCUUGUCCUUGUUUUUCCCUCGUGAGAUACAGCGGUAGCACUCACAAUAGUUGGCUCUGUUCCCGACAGGUUGAUGGGUUCCUUUUGGAUCCUGCUCUAAAAUAGGGGAAAAGCUAAACUGAAAAUGAAACUCUUAUGCUCAAGCUUUUGUGGCGCAUUGAGAGCACCAGGACCAUCUGGAAGAGUUCAAGGUUUUGUGAACUCCUCCAAGAAUUUUCUGGUUCCCAAACCUUCAUUUCUGGAUUUGAAAACAAAGAAAGGCCCGCGCCUGGUUCGAUAUUGCAGCCCGACACCUGAAUAGUUGGGAUUUAGACUUGAUUUCAGCCACCAGACUUCUGAUGUGUUCGGAUCCAGGGUUUUGGCUCUGUUGAAAACUCAUGGGAGUGAGGAGAUGACUUCAAAAAUACCAUAACUUGAAACAAGUGCAUGUGAUUUUUUAGCUAAAAGAAGCCUGUGCUGUAUUGCAGAGAGGACUCCAACGGGUGCAAGGAGAAGGUAUGGUUUGCAUGGUACACACACCAGUUUGCUGUUUUAUGCAGCUCCCUUUCUGCCCCUUUUUAAUGCAACAAGGGCUGGGUUUGAACCAGACUUUUAAACUGAUAGUGUUGAAGCCGGUUUGACUUUAGGCAAAAAGAAUUCACUUGCCCUUAAUGUUUGUGUUUCCUCUAGUGGUUGUGACUUGAUUGCUUCUAAAUUGCAUGUAAGGACAGAGAUGGGCGAGCAUCUGUGAGCAGCAGACCUAAUCUCUGUGACUUUCCUAGGAGCGUUCUGCAAUGUUCACGUCCACUAGGAGAGUCCCGAGACCCCGCAGAUGCAAAAUGCUAGCAGGUGGACCCGAGAGGCGCAGUCUAAUGAGACUUGGCCAGGCGACCUCUUGAAAUAGAGUUUGAAGGUUUCAUUUAUCUUCCCGGUGCUCCUGUUUGUGCCCGCGUGUCACCAUUUGCCAGCACGCAGAAUCAAGUUUCCAAAGUCAUUCUGUUAUUUAGAAAUGUCUCCCCGACAGGACUUUGCUCACCCAAGGUCCAGUCCACAUCAGUGUUUGAAUGCUCCGCUGACUUUGGCUUUUUGUGACGUGCAUGAGAUUUUGCUUCAGUGACUUUGCCCUUAAAGACCAGAAUGAAAAGGGAGGGACGUCCAAGAAGGGUUUCAAGACACGUGUUAUAAUAACAAGUGCUGAUUAAUCUCAAAGAUUUCUCACAAACCAAAAAAAAGAUGGGUUUUUCUGAUGGGCAACUUGUGGUGCGGGUUGAAAGUGAAUGUCCUUUAGCCCAUGUGUUACCAGGGUGUGCGCCCUUUGUGUAGGGAACACUCAUUCACAGAUGUUUUGUGCGCGUGACAUAAUUUCUUCUGCUACUUUGCUGAUUAAAAUGCAUUGUAUGGUAAUUCUGUAAAAAAAAAGAAUUAAAGUCUGUAUCUCUUAGACUUGUUUCCAGCGUGGAAAGUACAGCUGAACAAAAACUUCUGUUUUAGUUUGGAUGGUUUUAGCAGUCAAAUAGCAAAUCCAGUUUCAUGACAAUGUCCCAGCUUUGUGCUUCUUCAAGUCAACAGCCUUGCACAUGUUGUACCUGUGGUGAAAAUAAGAAAAGUGCACAUUUCUUUUCUAUUUAAAUACAAAAUAUUAUGUGCUUUAUUUCACGUGGCCUGUCAUGUGUCAGGAAUAAUGAACAUCCUGAGUGUGUCAGAGUUGAACUUGUAAUAGUUGCUUUGGCAAAAGAAAGGGCGAGGGGUAAGAAAUCCCUCUACGUAGCCGGCUAACAAGCUCUUUAAAUGUAACAUGCCAUUAUUUAUAGUGUAAUUUAUGACCAAACUGUAAUGGAAAGGUUACUUCCUGAUAUUAACCUUUGUACUAUAUGGUAUCUUAUUUGAUUUUUUUUUUAAUUAUUAUUAUUAUUUGGUCAUUUGUUGAUCUUAAGAAAUAAACAGCCACAUGUAAAGUUGGGUUGAUUGUGAUUAAGUGGCAGAUGCAUCUUAAUGACACAGCCUAUUUGCUAGUGUUAAUAGGUCGUUCCACUCAUGAAACUCUAUUGCCUUGAAAUCCAGUGUUGCUAAUCCAUUGCAGAAGGAGCCAUGGCAUGUGCGGGGAGCAAGAGGCUGAGCUCUCCGUCCCCCCGGGUGCUGGUGCAGUGUGUUCAACAGUCAGACCAAAACUGCAAGCCAGGUGACAUCCAUAUCACAAACCAGGAAAGUAGUCUUAAAGCAGUAGGAAAUACCAGGCUGAGUCUGAUUCAGGGCAAGGUCAGCCAUGACUAACCUGAGAAGAUGCCAACAGAGACAGAGGAGAGCAACGAAGUGCCUCGUCUUGCUCUUCAUCACCAUCAUUUGCAGAAAUGGCACCGAGCAUCCCGAGCCAGCGCUCUCCAUUGGUGAAAGGCAAGAUCUUUGAAUGGGUGGCAUACAAGAACAGCAGUGGCAGGGGGAGGCUUUUUUUUUUAAUUAAAGGAAGAGUUUCUGCAAACCUCACAUGCAAAAGCACCCUUUUCUUGUGUGUGUUGUGCAGCUAUCAUUAAAAAAAAGGUCCCAUGAAUGCAACUCGGUGGUAUCCUGCAACCAGAGCAUGCCUUUCUGAUUCCACCCACAUAGUUUUAUCCCUCAAAAUGUGUUUUUUUUUUUAAAUAUUACAUUAUUGUCAUUCUUCAUAUUACAGCACAACCCCAGCUGACAUUGGAGCCCUGUGGUGCUAGGUGCUGUACACACCCAGGGGAAGAAACCCAAGGACCUUAAUGCUAACCAGACAGGAAAAAGGAGGCAGGGAAGGAAGGAUUAAGGGUUAUUAUCCCCGCUUUGCAAAAGGGGAGCAGAGCCAGUGAGCAAUCUCUCUAGUCACACAGGCAUUUCAUGGGAGAGCCGGGGAUUGAGCCCAGAUCCGCUUUGUCUAGAGCUUUGGGACGCAUGAUACACCUUCACCUUGGCCUGCUUUUUUAUGUGAACAGUAUGCUUCCCCUCCACACAAUCUCAUUGAUUAUUUUCACUGGUUUUACCAUGUUUUUCUAACACAUGCCUAUUCAGAGGGGGACUUGUGCCUCUUCUUGUCUGCUCAACAAUGCUCUGAAACCUAAUGCUGAGUGUGCACCUUCCCUCCUCCAGACCCCAGCUCCUCCUUGCUCAAGACGUGAUGUUGAGAGCUCAGCUACUUGUGAGACAAAUCUGCAAAAGCUUCAUUUCUCAGCCAGUCGCCUCUGAUGAUUGCCUGUCUGCAAAAAAACCCAGUGCUUGGAAGAAGCUAGAAAAAUCCUUUAGCAUUUGGAAUCACUCAAAGUUGGAAAGUCAGCUUUUAAAUCAGGGUUAAAAUUUACAGCUGCUCAAAACCAGGAGCAGGCAUUUCACAGCUGUUCUGUGAUUAGGAUAGCAAAAAAGCAACUGUUGCCGUCACAGCGGGAAUGAGUAAAGAAUGAAAGAAAUGAUUAGCCAAAUCCCUGGCACUCAAGCUGCUCUGAUAAAAAGUUAAUUUUUUCUGUGCACUGCCCCCAAAAAUGGACUCCAACAUCUUUCAAUCAUGGAAAUCCCACAGCACUGAGUAAAGUUCAUCUCUGCCCCACAUUGCACCCCACAUCUUAUUCAUGUUUGUGCAUACGCAUGUACAGCCCUUGAAAAUGAUGCCUUUGUUAGCUGCACUGAUGCUAUAAAUGCACUCGAUACUAUGGAAAGCUAAAAUUGCAAGGGUUGAAAAAUCACGUUUCUGAUGUGCAACCCCCCACCCUCCCAGCAAUGCUCUGUAAAAACCACCCAAACAGUAUCCCACCUAAUCAAUGGAAAGAAAAUUGGAAGUAAAAGUCACAGCGCUUUUUCUUUUUUAUAGAUGGAAGAUCAGUACUUCUGUAUUAAGCAGUAGUCAUAGCUUAUUUAUAACGUUCACUAAAAUGAUAGUGUAGAAUUAACAAUAAAAUUAUGUAAUGAGAAAAUGGCGCGAUUUGUGGAUAUUGGUAAAAGCGUACAAUAAAAUGACACAGUCUAUGGAUUUAAACAAAGUAAAAGCGAACA